AAACGCGGUCCUUAAAAAACUAUGCGGCGCGCCUAUCAUUCACUCAAGGAAGGAAGGGAAGCGGCACUUCUUUUUGUUAAUCCUACAGAAGUACCUGGGCCACUUCAGCUCCUCCUCUUAUUAACCAUUUUCGGUGCAGCCUAAGAUCGGAGAAAAAGUGAGUACGACAAAACUCUGGACGUGUGGAAUCGCCCUCGGGAACGCGCAAAGGUGAGCACACUGAAAGUCCCACAAAGGGCGCGCCUAGUGAUUUCCUUAUACCGGACUCCGAUGCAAGCGAAGUGUAUACGAUUUUCUCGCCGAGUUCCUGGGGUCAUGGCGCUGAAUCCGACGUGGACUGAAGUACUCCUUCUUGCGCUUUGUGAGUGUUGCUUUUCUGUCUUUUUCAUUGCACAUUGUAACUACUGUAGCCACUCGAUUAAUCGAUUAUGGGCUCUCUCAGGGGCGAUUAGUUCGGAAACAAGCAGUAUGUAUUUCUUUAAGUUUUUUUUUUACUUUUAUUAUAGGACGGUCAGUCUAACUGCUUUGGUAGAUGGAAAGGCUUCCGAUUAUUCGAGAGCCAAGCUGGGUGUUCCUUAAUUGAACGUAGUAUUUAUGUGAGCAAUGGCUUUCCUCUCAGUGUCUCCGCAGUGCCUCUGCUUAACAGUUUAUAUCCAGACUCGGCAACCUCUGCACGUGAUUCCGGGUAGUAGCCUGGUGCUGAAGGCCCAGAUUUCCAAGAAGACUGGAGAGCAGAUCACCAAAGUGAUGUGGGAGCGAGAUGCAGAGAACCGGGCGGGUCUAGCGAAGGUCAGGGUGGCGGAGUUCCCAGGUCAGAAUGCAGACCCACGCAUGAGCGUGGAUGACGGGGGGGCGACGUUGACCGUGAAAGACUUCAGGGAGGAGGACUGUGGUGUUUACACCAUCUCAGUGAUGAACCAGACCAAUGAGCUACACAACGCCAGCUGCCUCGUGAGAGAGUACAAAGCCGUGAGCCAGGUGUCCACGUCGAUCAACAUGUCCCACCCCUCCCUACACUGUGAGGCCUUGGGCACAGACCUCCAUUUCGACUGGCUACAUGAAGAGCAGACGGUCCCACACGAGUUGGGGUACCUGUCAGCUGACAAUCGGGUGCUCUACCUGUCUUCUGGGCCAUGUGGACACUUUACUUGUGUCGUCAGUAACAGUAUUGGAAAGGACUCAGCCAGCUUUAUGGCAGAGUCCUGUAGGAGGCAAGGAAGCAGUACGCUUGCGGUCACCAUCUCCCUCACUGUCCUUCUCAUCUGUGUCGGCAUCUUCACUUACUACAUGUGGAGGCGACGCAGCAGACUCAGUAACAGAGCGGAGAGGCUGCAUGAAGAGCAUCUGUGAGGAGCCCCGAACGUUCCUGUCAUUGGCAAACAUCCUGGAACUCCAGGAAACUCAUGGCUUUCUUUGGGAGUGUUUUUUUUCUCACUGGGCACUGACCUAUACGCGGAUUCAUGAGGGGAAACCCCCCCAGCCUCCCCCCGCCACCCACCUAACGCAGUAGUAUUUCUUUGUAAUAUGUCUGUGUUUUGUGCAGUGGCCCCAUACAAAGUAUAAAUGCUGCCUUUCCUGCUUUAAUAUGUAUUAAAUCUUUCUGUUUCAAUACCACAUUGCUAUAAAAAUGCAUCAGAUUUAAUGCAUUUCUGAAACAGAAAUUGAGUGGUGAUGAAUGAGCUGUGGAUUGGGCUAUGCAAGGGACCAAUAGAAAGCGUCCUUAUUACUCCAGUAAACUUGCUCCAGAUUGGUUAGAAUUUAUUUUGAGUGGAGCCUUUAUGUAAGAUAAUAAAUACCUGAAGAUGAUAAGAAGCA